AUGGAUAAAAUGGCAAGUGGAGGAAACACAGAUACCACAGAACGUAUAACUCGAAACGAGUUAAACCAAAUGAUUUCGGAUGAAGUAACGAAGGCAAUUGAUGCAAACGUUUCCAAGCUAGCACAAGAGGUGGAAGGCCAAGUACUAAGUACGGUAGAGAAUAUAGUCACGAGCAAAGUGGAUGAAUUGAAGGAAAUGAUAGCCGGAAUUCAAGGCAAGAAAGAGGCAAGACGGUGCACCUACAAGGAUUUCAUGGCAUGUAAGCCUACAACCUUUAAUGGGGAAAUUGAUCCCAUAGAAUGUCAAAGAUGGAUAGCUAACAUGGAAGGGGUGUUCAUUCGAAGUCAUUGUGACAAGGAAGAUCAAGUCAUGUUUGCCACGGGGCAACUUUUACGAAGGGCUAAAGAUUGGUGGGACUCGUAUAGUAAGGAGAUCGGAGAGAAUCGAGUUCAAACUUUGACUUGGCAAGAAUUCAAACAACCUUUUAUCAAGUACCAUUGUCCACAAUCAGCGGUGGAUCGAAUCCAAGAAGACUUUCUCCGACUCCGACAAAGGGAUGAAUCUGUCAAUGAGAUCACGAACACCUUCCUUGAUCAACUGAAGUUUUGUGAAGAAAUAGUUGGAACGGAGAGAAAGAAGAUUAUCCGUUAUCAUGGCAUGCUUAAAGCUGAAAUUCGGGAGUUCAUAACACCUUCAAAAUGUGAAACUUUGGACGAGAUCAUUGAUCUAGCGAGGGAUAGGGAAAUUGAAAUAAAGAGGCAAGACGAACGUGGAGAGAAAAGGCAAGUCGAGAAGGGGUCAACGCAAGGUUCUUCUAAGAAACCCAAGACGCAUGAUCAAGGAAAGAAAGAAGCUUCCAAAGGCGGGUUUCCACGAUGCAAGACAUGUGGAAAACCCCAUUCCGGUGAAUGUUUAUUGGGAAGGAAGGGGUGUUACAAUUGCGGACAAGAAGGGCAUCCGUACUAUAACUGUCCGAAUCCCAAAAGGGUAUGCUACAAUUGUAACGAAUCGGGCCAUGUGAAAGCUGAAUGCCCAAAGCUUAAGCAAGGGGUGAAGAAGGAAGGAAAGAAAGAAGAACCCGCGAAAGCUAAGGGAAGAAUGUUCCAAAUCUCCACAGAAGAAGCAAGGGCUCACCCGAAUGUGGUCUCAGGUAUCUAUAUGAUAAACUCUAUACCCACUUAUAUAUUAUUCGAUACCGGAGCUAGUAGAUCAGUUAUUUCUAUUGAGCUUGCACGUUUCCCUUUAUUCACGAUAGAAAGAAUGUGUACACCUCUCGAAGUAGAAAUUGCCGAUUGUAAGAGUUACCUUUUGCACGAAAUAUGUAGAGGUUGUAGAAUCACUAUAGAUGAUGAAGAUUUUGAUAUUGAUUUGAUUCCCAUGGUUUUAGGGGAAUUUAAAGUAGUAGUAGGUAUGGAUUGGUUAUCCCGUUAUCACGCGGAAAUUUUAUGCGAAAACAAAAUUAUUCAUGUGACAUCCCCUAAAGGGAAACGGGUAACCAUUCAUGGGGAAAGGGAAGAAGGGGCAAAAUUUUGUACUAUCUUAGAAGCAAUUAAGUACGUGAGGAAUGGAAGUAAAGCAUUUUUAGCCUAUGUUGUCGAUACCAAAUUAGGAGCUUUAAACAUUGAAGAUACUAAGAUAGUGAAUGAAUAUCCGGAUGUAUUUCCGGACGAAUUGCCGGGACUUCCACCCGAGCGGGAAGUCGAGUUUCGUAUCGAAUUAGAACCAAAUGCCAAACCGGUAGCCAAAGCCCCUUACCGGUUGGCACCCGCGGAAGUACGGGAAUUAAUGGUCCAAUUACAAGAACUUCUUGACAAAGGUUUCAUACGCCCUAGCGUGUCCCCGUGGGGAGCGCCUGUUUUGAGCCUUAAAUACUUCUUCGGGCAGAAAGAUCUCAAUAUGAGGCAACGGAGAUGGUUGGAAUUGAUUAAAGAUUAUGACUGUGACAUUCUUUACCAUCUGGGUAAAGCUAAUGUUGUGGCGGAUGCACUUAGUCGGAAAGAAUACCCACCACCUAUUCGAGUGAAAUCAAUGAGAAUGAUAGUUACCCCAAACCUUCUCGAAACGAUACGCGAGGCGCAAGAUAAGUCUUUAAAUGUUGGUGAUCCGAAAAGUGAAAGAACGAAAGGGUUUGAAAAUGAAUUUGAAGUGAACGCAAGUGGGUUAAGAACGAGGUUUGCGCGGAUUUGGAUACCGCGACACUGUGAGGCGAAGACCUUAUUAUUGGAAGAAGCACAAGUCCCGUUACUCGGUUCAUCCGGGAGCCACUAA